AUGGGGGCCAGACGUGGGGUUUCCGUGAGAGUCUUACGGGAGCCCCUCCCCCGCGGCGAGGCGGAGCGGGGGGGGGGGAGGGGUCCCGGACUCACGGGCUUCAGCGGACGGGGCAGGCGCGCGCGGUGGGGGGGCCACGCGGGGCACCAGCGGGGGACCGGGCUAGGCGGGGCGGGCGGAGGCGCCGAGGGAGGGGGGAUUGCGGACGGAGUGACACGCGCUCCGGGGCGACGGGGCAUCGGGGCGCGCCCCCCCCACCCACACCGAAGGGGAGGGCAUCGGGGAAGCGCCGCGGAUGGGCGGCAGUGGCGGCCCACGGGGGAGGCGGAUGCGGGGCGCGAUCGCGCGGGGGGCGUGAACCUCCGCGGGGUCGGCCUGUCGCGCCCCCCCCGGGGAGGAGGGAGCCGGCUCGGGGUGCGGCAGGGGAUCGCUCCCUGCUCCGGUGGGGGGCGGUACCGGUACCGCAGUACAGGAGGACCGGGUAGCUGGGCGGGCGUUCCGGGGCGAGGGGGGCUGUGUUGGGCAGUCAGUCGCGGGGGGGCCUUCGUUUUUCUGUGGUGGGGGGGUGUAUUUGUGGUGCGCCCCGAGCGUGCACUCUGGAAGAGAGCCUCUUACGGGGCGGGCAAUCGACCAGGGCCGCGGGCCGUCUUGGCGCAGUUGGGCCAGCGGGGGCGGGCAGCGGGGGGGGUUCUAGGUGCGACGCGCCGCGGGGGCACGGGGGGGGGGACGUCGCGGCUGCAUGGCCGGGGGGGCCACACGCCAGUCUGGGGGGCGUGA